CGCAAGUGUGAAUUUUUGUUUCUUUCCUAAAUUGAUGCCAUUGGGCUUCCUAUCCGGCGAAAUUGGGCUUUUAUUUUCCACACCCACCCAUAGAUAACAAAACGGCGCGUUAGGAUUGAGAAAAACAAAGAAAACACACAGAACUUGUUAUUUAGAAUUGGAGAACCUUGAAGUGCUUUUUUACCUUGUUAAUUUCAUCUCUCAUAUCAUAGCAACUCAACAAAUCGAAUCAAGGGAUUUGAUCUGAAACUAGUUAGUCAAGCGUAAUGGAUUUGUCGGCGGUGACGGCGGCACUGGAAAUGAAAUCGUACGACAAAGUUGCCGAUAUCUGUGACAAUCUCAUGCUUCAGGUUGCAGCAGACGGUGUUGCUUUUCACCAUGACUGGCCCUACGCCAUUCAUCUUCUCUCUCACUUUUAUGUUCAUGACAUCAACAGUGCUCGUUUUCUAUGGAAAACUAUACCUUCCUCAAUCAAAGAAAGCAAACCUGAAGUCACUGCUGUGUGGAAAAUCGGUCAACAGCUUUGGUUACGGAACUAUGGUGGAGUGCAUGAGGCGAUCCGUGGUUAUGAGUGGAGUCAAGAACUCCAGGGCUUUGUUUCUGCUUUCUCAGAACUUUACACAAAGGAGGUUUUUCAGCUGCUUGUAUCUGCUUAUUCUACAAUAAGUAUUGAAGAUGCUGCUUUAUUUCUGGGAAUGAGUAAAGAUGAUGCUACAAGUUAUGUACUGCAGCAAGGUUGGACUGUGGACUCUUCUUCUGGGAUGCUAACUGUGAAGAAGCAACCUGUUGUGACAGAGCAGAAGCUAGAUCCUCGUAAAUUGCAACAGUUGACAGAAUAUGUCUUUCAUCUUGAGCAUUGAAGCUAUUUAACCUUGCGAAGGAAUUAGAUUUACUCAUCCUUAUUGAUCAAUCACAUGGUCUAUCUUCUUAAAAGUGUAUGAUAGUUCAUAUAUCCUGUUGAUAGUUUUGGAAAACCAGGCAGAAUAUUUCUUGAGUUGUUACUUGAGCACUUGUUAGGUUAAUUUUGCAUUGCACUUGCUCUGCAGUUAUUGAACUUGGCAGUGAAAUAGUUAAAAAAAAAAUGCAACUGGAAAUGAAAAUUGAUGAAUUAUUACUGCA